UCCCAAGCCCUAGUUGGCUACUUGUAUCUGCUCAGAGUCUCAGACUGCUCCUACCUCCAAUUGGAUACUAGACCCCUCUAAUGCCUCAGUUUCUGCAACUACAAGCCAUGGAAGCUCAGACCCAGCUUCAACUCCAUCAUAUUCAAACCCUCACCACCCGCCGCCUCAAUCUCCCUCCCAUUACUAAAGCUUCAGUUUCAACAUUUUCCAGACCAACUCGAUCUUUCUCUUUCCAAAAUGGAACGAGAUUGGGAUUACCUAAAUCCAUAGCUCCAGUGGCAUCAUCCAAACAAAUACUGGAAUCAGGAUUGGUAAUAGAAGAAGGAGCUGAAGAAGAUAGGGAGAUGAAAGCAGAGGAAUGGAUGGAGCUGGGAUUUGAUGAGGAAGAGAAAGAAGAAAAGAUGUACGGAGAGAAGAAGAAAGGAAUAGUGGAGAUGAUGGAAUACUUGGAAGAAGAAGCCAUCCUUGGGAGCGACCCAGGGAGAAACCCCACCGAUUAUAAUCGAAGAGCCCUUAUCUUCGACAAGAGUUCUCGAGUCUUCCAAGCUCUCAAACAACGCAACGCUCUCGGUUAAAUGUUCUUACUAGCUUCCAACUUUGUUAAAGUCUAUGGUUAAUUUGUAAUGGUGCGUGCAUUUAUUAUAAUUUUCAUAAUCAGUCCUUCCUUUUACAUGAAUCCUUCUGCAAUCUCUUGGUAAUAUUGUAAUCUUGUAAUCUUGUAAUCUCUAUUAUUGCUUAAAGUGAUGUUUUAACUUUGACU